UGUAAACAAUGAAAUCUGCAUUCGUGUGCAGCUGUGUCGAAAUUUCAACAUCGUGUUAUCGCGGUGGGCGAUUAGAAACAUAAUUUAAUCGUGAAACGAUGUAAAAUAUAAAUUAAAGGAGUACGCCUUCACCGUCCAUGUAGAAUACUCAUAGAAAUUGGUGUUCAAAAUGAAUCAAGAAAUUCGAAUAAAGGCUAAGCCUUUCUAUGCCGUGCUUGUGAUACUAGCUUUUUUGAUAAUCUAUAGUAUAAGUUCCAAUCGGGACUGUGGUGAUGAGGAACAAAUUAAGGCAGCUUUAGAACAAAGCCUAAAUCGGGAAGCUUUCCAUCUGAACCAGAAAGGACCAACAAUUUACGCCAUAACACCAACCUACGCACGACCCGUACAAAAAGCAGAACUUACAAGAUUAUCCCAUGUGAUACGUUUGGUUCCGAAUGUUUUUUGGGUUAUAGUGGAAGAUGCCGAGAAUACUUCGCAAUUGGUAUCUAAACUUCUAAAGAAAAGCGGCCUUAACGAAAGAAGCGUCCAAUUAAGCGCUAAAACCCCGACCAACUUCAAGCUACAAGGUAAAGAUCCGAACUGGUCAAAACCGCGAGGCGUUGAACAACGCAAUAAAGCUUUAGAAUGGGUCCGGAAGCAUUUGGCUGAAAAUGGUGGACGUGAAAAGCAUUCAGUCAUUUAUUUUAUGGAUGACGAUAACACAUAUAGUACGGACCUGUUUGCUGAAAUUUCAAAAAUUGAGCGAAAUAAGGUUGGAGUCUGGCCAGUGGGUCUCGUAGGAGGACUCAUGGUAGAGAAACCGGUUUUGAAUCGAGACGGCAUUGUUCUAGGAUUCAACAGCGAAUGGCGACCAGAGAGACCAUUUCCGCUCGAUAUGGCAGGUUUUGCUAUCAGCUCUGAUUUGAUCUUGGAUAAUCCCCAAGCGCAGUUCAGUUAUGAAGUUGAACGUGGUUAUCAGGAAAGCGAAAUACUCCGACAUCUCACGAUAGUUCACGAGAUGCAACCAUUGGCAAACAAAUGCACCGAAGUUUUGGUAUGGCACACGCGUACCGAAGUGCCUAAAUUGGAUGCAGAGAAAGUACUACAAAAGGCUGGGAAACGAUCCGAUGUUGGCUUAGAGGUCUAAGCAAAAUAGCACUGCUGUGCCGUUCAGUCCAUAUCAAUUUCGAAUAUUGUCAGAGCGUAUAUUAGAAUGUAUGUAGCAAUCACGUUGCCAACGCUAUUUAUGAAGAACACAAGAGUCGUCCAUAUCUUACAGUAUUAAAUAAAAAUCAUCUUUUUCAACUAUUUCACAGCUAUAUACCCUCAAUUUCUAGUAAUGUAGGGAUUUAUCAGACCUAUGAUGAUAUCAUUGAAGUUUAGAGGUCCAAAAUGUACAGUAAAUAUCUUACGAUAAUUGAGAGAACGGUUUAUGUUUUUCCCACUUUGAAUGCUCAAAUAAAUUAAAAUACUAUUUUAAGAAAAACUACACUUUCUCAAUACCGAAAUGGAAUAGAAAUAAAAAGAGUUCACAAAUGCCUGUAUUUAAAGAGAAUGAUUAAUACUUUUCCAGUUCCAUUUUGAUCAAGUGUACACAAUUAUUACUAAAGGGUGGAACGAUCAACAUUUGGUCGAAGAAAAAUGUUGGUUGGUUGUUUACGUAAAAUCAUUUUAUUUUUCUAUCAGAAGUUCAAUCAGUGGGCCUUAUUAUAGAAAUCGAAUCGAGGAUUCGAUACAAUCACUAUCACUAUCACACCGAGUAAAAUUUGGAAUUAUAGAAAUCGAGGAAUACAGCUCGAUUCGUUACUCUGCUCGAAUGUCACUAAGCACUACACUGAGAGAAAUAAUUAGUAAAUAUAACGAAUUUUUUGGUAAA